GCUUAGCGGAGACCAGGGGAAACAUCAAGCUGUGAAAAUUGAAAAAGCUUAAAUACGGUGGCUUUUGCCUCACCAGACUCUCAGAAAGGGCCGCCUCAUUCCAAACGGCCACUUCUCACCAUUAGAGAGAGAGAGAAAUAAAGAGAACGCUUUUCAGACUGAAAAAAUGGGUGCCGGUGGCCGAAUGUCUGUUCCUCCAGGCUCCAAAAAAUCAGAGGCCGAAAGCCUUAAACGAGUUCCAUACGCAAAACCACCAUUCACACUUAGCCAAAUCAAAAAAGCCAUUCCUUCCCAUUGUUUCCAGCGUUCGGUCAUUCGCUCAUUCUCUUAUGUUGCUUUUGACCUUACUAUUGCUGCCAUCCUUUACUAUGUUGCAACUCGUUACAUCCCCCUCCUUCCACACCCUCUGUCUUACCUGGCUUGGCCCAUUUACGGGUUCAUUCAGGGCUGUGUCCUAACUGGUGUUUGGGUCAUAGCCCAUGAGUGUGGCCACCACGCCUUUAGUGACCACCAAUGGCUUGACGAUACCGUGGGCUUAGUCCUUCACUCUUUCCUUCUUGUCCCCUACUUUUCAUGGAAAUACAGCCACCGUCGCCACCAUUCCAAUACAGGCUCUCUCGAGCGAGAUGAAGUCUUUGUUCCCAAGAAAAAGUCUGCCAUGAAAUGGUUCUCCAAAUACCUCAACAACCCACCAGGCAGAUUCCUCACUCUAUUUAUCACUCUAACUAUGGGCUGGCCUCUUUACUUGGCCUUCAAUGUCUCGGGCCGGCCCUAUGACCGCUUCGCGUGCCACUUCGAUCCAUACGGUCCAAUCUACUCAGACCGUGAGCGUGCCCAGAUAUACCUCUCCGAUGUGGGCAUUCUCGCAAUGUGUUAUGGGCUUUACAGGCUCGCUAUGGCAAAUGGGCUCGCUUGGGUUUUAUGCGUAUACGGAGGCCCAUUGUUGGUGGUGAAUGGGUUUUUGGUGCUGAUCACGUUCUUGCAACACACUCACCCAUCGUUGCCUCAUUAUGAUUCUUCGGAGUGGGAUUGGCUUAGGGGAGCAUUGGCCACAGUGGACAGAGAUUACGGUUUGUUGAACAAGGUUUUCCAUAACAUCACAGACACUCAUGUGGCUCACCACUUGUUCUCUACCAUGCCUCAUUAUCAUGCCAUGGAGGCCACAAAAGCUAUCAAGCCAAUACUUGGAGAGUAUUACCAAUUUGAUGGGACACCAGUGUACAAAGCCAUGUGGAGAGAGACUAAGGAAUGUGUUUUCGUUGAGCCUGAUGAAGGUGACGUUCAAGGUGUCUUCUGGUACAACAAGCUUCGGGACUGAAUAAUAAUAAUAAUAAUAAUCAUUGCAGGUGUGAUUUGGGAAGUUCUUAUUUUGUCUUCCUUUUUUCUUGUUGUGCUUUAAGGUAUAGUUUGUGUACUUUAGUUAACUCUAGUCCUAGUUGUGAGUUUCGAUUAUCUUGUUCGUGUCUUAUUAAUAUUAUGUGGACCCCAAAAAGGAAGGGUUAAAGAUUAUCAAAAAGGAGAAAAUAAAAAUAAAAAUGAUCAGAAAGAAAUGUAGUUUUGACGUCUAGUUGGUUCUGUCUUGUUUUUUUGGCAGAAAGGAAGAGUUUCAUGUAGUUCACAAAAGCAUUGGUUUAGAUUGUUGGUUGGGAAGCUUUGAGUUAUUGACGUCAUCCUUAUCAAUGCAGUUAAUUUAUUUUCAUGAUUUAA